GUUUCAUCGACGACUACCGUUUUCCGCUUUCAGUCAACUGUGCCCGCGUUACGACAGAAGGCGUCCUUGCUUUUUCAAGAAAACAGUAUCUUAAUAAAUCUUGCAUAUCAUCGAAAAUAAGGAAUUGUAAUUUAAUCGUAAAUAGUUACGAGAAUAAAUACCAUAGUGUGUUAAUUGGAUUUUCCGAGAAUUAAUUAUUGAUUGAAUUGAUUCAUCAAGAAGAAAUUUAGAAGGAAUUUAAUCGUCAUCUCAAGACCUAAGAAUGUGUGACCCUGAAUUGACAUCAGUAACGGAAAGGUAUAUGAAAUUGAAGGAUGACACGACCAGGGUAGAAUACGUAUGGAUCAAUUUUUUUAAUAAUUUUUGGCGGUUCAUCAGUAAAGUACGAAAUGUUGAUGAGACUAAUCAUCCUUGUCCCCUAGCGUCCAUAUGUGCGAAGAUUCCAAAAUGGACUUACGAAGAUGAAGAUAGCUCGGGAAUUUUGAAGCCAAAGGUAAAUUAUAAAGAUCCGUUUCGACCUAAGCAUGGAUAUGUUAUUUUGUGCGAAACCUUAUCGAUGAAUCGCGAGCCAACAAUACAUACGAAGAAUCGCAGAGAGUGCGACAGUAAAACACACGCGACUCGUUUGGAUGGUCAUUAUUUCCACAUCGAGCAGGAGUUCCAUUUUCACGAGUACAUGGACGUAGAGAUAACUGCUGCACGCAAGGAUACAGUUAGAAAAAUAUUAGAAUGCUUUUAUAAAGCUUGUAAUUACGCAGGCUUAUGUAUCGGCUACUUCGAUUUAAAUAACCAUAGCUGUUUUUAUUACAUGUGUGGACCAAACAACGCAGUACGUGUCAGCGACGAGUUGUGGAUGUCCCGUUUCAUUAUGCAACGCGUCGCAGAAGAAUUUCACCUUACGGUGAAUUUUGGUCCACGAAUACCAAGUGGUUUUGCAAAUACUAGAUACUUUUUUUCAACGUAUAACAUGCGCGAAGGAACCGAUGAAGAAGCAACGACGACUGCUAAUUUCUGGAUGAAUAGAUUGGAGAAUAGAUUUAUCCCAAUGUUAAGAAAUGCUGUCACGUACGACCACGUGGAAGGGCCAAUCCCUACGUUCUCGUUGAUUGAUCAAGGAAAGACAAUGAAUUGCGUUGUCCAUAUCAGAACAGACAUUGAUCCGUAUGUCGUCUGUAAAACAAUUCUUGGAGCAGCUUCUUCAAUUGAUUUUGCUGGAUAAAAUUACAUUAAUUGCUUCGUUUAUUUAUAUAUUGGCUAAUAUUAGUUUGCCACGCGAUAGAUUUACUACGGGAACAUAUAAUUAAGACAUUGAUACGUGUCCUUAUAAAUUAGCCGCUCAAUCUACCAAUACAAUAAAUACUAUACAUCGUAAUAAAUAUUAAGAAAGCGA